AUUUUUUUUCUACAAUAAAGUUUUCAAUUAACUCAUAAAAUAAUCAAUUUAAAUAAGAAAAUGUGGUUAAAGCUUUAUAUAGUCGGAGCUUUGUUAGCUUUGAGUAACUGUGAAGUAGUAAUUGGUCAAAACCAGGAUGACCUUGUGUCAGAGGAUGUUUCCGGUUAUUAUACGAUUGAGGGCAAAGUGUAUGCACCUGAGGUGGGGCCUGGUCCAGCGCCAGGAAUGCCAAUGACAAGUACUAGCAAAUGGCAGGUGGAUGUGGUGGUUAGCAUAAACAACGGAGAGUAUAAAGGAUUUGUGCGCGAGGAUGGAAACUUUGUGAUUAGCGGAGUGCCUUCCGGUAGCUAUGUGCUUGACGUGUACCAUCCAGAUGUGUUCUACGAGCCCGUGCGUGUGGAAAUCAAUCCCAAGGGCAAGUUUCGUGCGCGCAAAGUAAAUUAUGUGCAACCCGCGCAGGUUGUACAACUGCCAUAUCCACUAAGACUGAAGCCACUUAUGCGCUUCAAGUACUUCCAGACACGUGAGCAAUGGAAGAUUACGGAUUUCCUGUUCAGCCCCAUGGUGCUUAUGAUGGCGCUGCCUUUGCUGCUUAUGCUGGUACUGCCCAAGAUGAUCAACGAUCCAGAAACAAAAAAAGAAAUUGAGAACAUGCAGUUCCCCAAAAUGGGCAACGACAUGCCCGAGAUAAGCGAAAUGUUAACCUCAUUCCUUUCGGGCAAACAGCCUGAGAAAGAGAAGAAGCCUGUAACGGCCAGCAAACAGACCAAGAAACGCAACUAGUUAACAUAAAGUAAAUUAAUUAACAGGAAUGCUAAGCUUACAGUUUUUGUCAACCAUUCUGUGUAGUCAAGAGUAAAAGUUAUUAAGAAUUUUCAUACAAUAA